GUACGAGCUUUUGUCAAUUUUUGUAAGCCGACCCUAGUAGUAGAUGGAGCUCACCUAAAGGGCGAGUUCAAAGGUACCAUGUUACUUGCAGUUACUAAGGACGGACAAAAUCAAAUAUUACCGGUUGCAUAUGGUAUAUGCAAAAAUGAGUGUACUGAUUCUUGGACAUGGUUUUUUCAAAAACUACGUGAUUGCAUAGGAAAUAUGCAGGAGCUUACAAUUAUAUCUGAUAGGUCUCCAUCUAUAGCAACAUCUGUUGCCAACAUUUUUCCUCACGCUCAUCAUGGAAUAUGUGGUGUCCAUUUGUAUUUCAACAUAGUAUCUAGAUUCGGCAAGAGUAAGACGGUUAAAGGAAUUUUUUGGGAGGCGUGUAGGGCGUACACAGUUGAUGCUUUUGAUGCUGCCAUGGAUGUUAUGAAAAAGACAAAAGAACCAGUAUGGGAGUACUUAAAAAGUAUAAAUCCAGAAACCUGGUCAAGGGCACAUUUUAAAGGGAACCGAUACAAUCUUAUGUCGUCCAACAGUGCGGAGUCGAUAAAUGCAUUAUCUAGACACGCACGUAAGGUGCCAAUACUUAUGUUGAUUGAUUUUUUUCGUGCUACAAUGCAACAAUGGUGGUUUCAAAGACGUAACUUUGCAGCGGAAGCAACAACAACACUUACCCCUUGGGCGGAUGAAGUUGUAAAAGAAAACAAGAAAACUUUUACGAAAUGGGAUGUUCGCAUGAUCUCAAAUACGAAAUGCGAGGUCAAAAAGGGGGCACAAAAUGUGAUUGUUGAUUUUCAACAUAUGACAUGUACAUGUAGGCAUUGGCAACUUGAUGGGAUACCUUGUGGUCAUGUCAUAAGAUGUUUAACAGUGAACAAUUACCAAGACUGCUCGAGGUUUGCAUUAAAUGCUUACCUUACCGAAACACUGAGGAAAACAUAUGAGGAAUCAAUAAACCCUCUGCCGAAGCCAUCCGAAUGGGAGAUCCCCGAUGAUUUGAUGAUUGUUAAGCCACAUAUAAGGGAUAAACGAACCCUAAAAACGAAAUUGAAGAAAUGGAAAGCUGCAAUCGGAGCAAUUGAACAAUCGACAUUACCUGAUGUGACAAUGAGAGUGUACGACAACAGGGGGAAGAAAGACGUUGUGUGUUGCGAUUGGAAGGACGCUGCAAGACCGAAGGAAGAUGCGAUCGGAAGGAUUGUGUGCGUGAUUGUUGAUCGACAAAGAUGCAAGGGAAGCCGAUUGAUGAAGCAGGACGUGAAUCUGCGAUUUCUUUCUUUUCAUGUGGGUAUGAAUUUUGGAAUUUAG